AUGUCGACCGCCGCCCGCCGCCGCUUGAUGCGUGACUUCAAGCGCAUGCAGACCGACCCUCCCGCCGGCGUCUCUGCCUCACCUGUACCCGACAACGUUAUGACCUGGAACGCCGUGAUUAUCGGGCCCGCUGACACGCCUUUUGAGGACGGAACCUUCAGACUCGUGAUGCAGUUCGAGGAGCAGUAUCCCAACAAGCCGCCCGCGGUCAAGUUCAUCAGCCAGAUGUUCCAUCCUAACGUCUAUGCAACGGGAGAGCUUUGCUUGGAUAUCCUCCAGAACAGAUGGAGUCCCACAUACGACGUUGCCGCGGUGUUGACAAGUAUCCAGAGUUUGCUUAACGACCCAAACACCGGUUCCCCCGCGAACGUGGAGGCGUCGAAUCUUUACAAGGACAACCGCAAGGAGUAUACGAAGCGUGUUCGCGAGACGGUUGAGAAGAGCUGGGAAGACUAG